CCGGGAUGAGAUCCUGGCCCAGUGGUGAGCGGGAGGCAGCAGUGGCGGUGGGAUGACAUUACAUCAAUCGCAUUCAUCUUCUUGAGUAAGUAACGUGGACCAGGAAGAAGAAUGGCGUUCGUGCCGCCGCCAGGGCCCACUGUGGUCGAUCAGACUACACUGAUGAAGAAAUACCUCCAGUUUGUGGCUGCCCUUACAGAUGUCAACACACCUGACGAAACUAAGUUGAAGAUGAUGCAAGAAGUCAGUGAAAAUUUUGAGAAUGUUACCACCUCAGCCCAGUAUUCCACUUUCCUGGAACACAUCAUCCCACGCUUUUUAACGUUCCUUCAGGAUGGGGAGGUUCAGUUUCUUCAAGAGAAACCUGCGCAGGUAUUAUCUGAAAUAUUGCCUCUAGAAUGA